UCGGUGGUUUUUGCUGCACUGACACACCGCCGGCCGGUUGGUCUAUUGGUCCCUUCAGACAACACAGACCUGAUAUAUUUUUAUACACCGGGAGAGCCGGUAAAAUGUCGGAUUUCGAGGAAUUUGAGAAGCAGCUGAGCGAGAACCGUCAGGAGAGAGAAAGAGAAAGACACAAAAAGAGGAGUCGUAGUGGAUCUCCCGCCCGAGGGGACAAACACCGCAGCUGGAGCAAAGACCGAGGGAGCCGCAGCCGGGAGAAGAGAAGCCGCAGCAGAGACCACAAGAGCCGGGACCGCCGAAGCUCCUCCCGGGACCACAAGAAGCACAGCCACUCUCCGAGGCGAACAAGGAAGAAAAGGACCUGCAAAUAUUGGGAUGUGCCUCCUCCGGGCUUUGAACACAUCACACCAAUGCAAUAUAAAGCUAUGCAAGCGGCCGGGCAGAUACCAACAAUAGCUCUGCUGGCAACGUCAACAACCACCGGAGUGGCUGCAGCGCCGACACAAGUGCCCAUCGUCGGCAGUCAGAUGACGAGACAAGCCAGACGCCUCUAUGUUGGAAAUAUUCCCUUUGGAGUGACGGAGGAGUCCAUGGCCGAGUUCUUCAACGCUCAGAUGAGACUCGCAGGACUUUCACAAGCUCCGAGCAACCCUGUACUCGCUGUGCAGAUUAAUCAGGACAAAAACUUUGCUUUCCUAGAGUUUCGGUCUGUGGACGAGACGACGCAGGCGAUGGCGUUCGAUGGAAUCAUUUUUCAGGGUCAGUCGCUGAAGAUCAGACGACCUCACGACUAUCGGCCGUUACCUGGAAUCUCAGAGCAGCCCGCUUUCCACGUCCCAGGUGUCGUCUCCACAGUCGUCCCCGAUUCCCCCCACAAACUGUUUAUAGGAGGCCUGCCGAACUACCUGAACGAUGACCAGGUGAAGGAGCUCUUGACGUCGUUCGGGCCUCUCAAAGCGUUCAAUCUUGUGAAGGACAGUGCCACGUCACUGUCAAAAGGUUACGCCUUUUGUGAAUACGUAGACGUCAGCGCCACUGAUCAGGCAGUCGCCGGGCUCAAUGGGAUGCAACUGGGCGACAAAAAGCUGAUAGUCCAAAGAGCGAGUGUGGGAGCUAAAAACGCCAACCCUACCUCCAUCAUAGAGACCCCAGUGACGCUGCAGGUCCCCGGGCUGCAGCGGCUGCAGAACUCGGGCAUGCCCACGGAGGUGCUGUGCCUUCUCAACAUGGUGAUGCCUGAGGAGCUGGUGGACGACGAGGACUACGAGGAGAUCCUGGAAGAUAUCCGAGAGGAGUGCUGCAAGUACGGCAGCGUCCGGUCCAUCGAGAUCCCCCGACCGGUCGACGGGGUGGAAGUCCCCGGCUGUGGGAAGAUCUUUGUGGAAUAUGUUUCCGCAGCAGACUGUCAGAAAGCCAUGCAAGCUCUCACCGGCCGCAAGUUUGCCAACAGAGUGGUGGUCACCAAAUACUACGAUCCAGACAUGUAUCACAGACACGAGUUUUGAAAGUAGACGAGUCCUCCUUCCUGUUUGUGAGCGUUUCUUUACUCCUCUGAAUGUCGUGAAUGCGUCCGAGAAAAGACUUGUUUUAUUACGUCUUCUACUUAUUAAACUGGACUGCAGUGUGUGUUUCUUCACUGAAUAUCUAACUCCCAGCUUUAGCUUUAACUCCCACACAGUGAACUGAUCUCAUUCUGACUUUAAACAGUACUGUAGUAUCCAUUACAUUUGUAGUAGAAUGAAUGUGACAUGUAUCUUACCUUAACUAAUACUGCCUGACAAUGCCAGAGUAGCUGUCUUAUUGAGUAUGCACUAUAUGAGAAAAAACUGUCAAAUGUUUUGAUUUCCCUCCUAAGCACAAACAUUCAUUUCUGUUUUACAUUUAAUUAUGUGGCAUUCAGAGAAAAAAAAGUUUUUAUUUAUUAUUUUCCAAAGUAAUAUUAUCAUAUAUUAUUCCUUAAUCAUAUAUGAUGCUAUCUCCUGCACUGCUUACAUCGACCAAAUUUAUUUUGUCAGAACGGCCUCAGAGGUCAUUUUGUAAAUAUGAAAUAUGAAUAUCUAAAGGUUAGGAAAUAUAUUAAAUCGGCCAUGCACACUGGAAGCUACUUGAAUUUUAAAAAAUAGAUCUAAUUGGCACUGAGAUGGUCAGUUGUGUCCAUGUAACCAGCAACAAUUUGUUGUCAAAUCAGAAAAACAAAAUCAAUCUGUCUUCAUUGUUUUAUUUUAAAAAAUAAAGCAGAUAUGCACAUGUUAAAAAAAUGCACCUUUAAGUUUUGUAGAUAGCAAAUUGAAUGAUUUUUUAAAGCUUUAUUCUUUGUGUGGUCUGUUGAAGAAAAAAUGUAUUCAAUGAAAGCAUUUAUUUAUUAUGAAAUAACUUUUAUCCGCUUGAAAAGUGCAGGCGUAAACAUCCAAACAAAUCUGUCCGACACUGGGAUGUGAGGAGGAAAUGUGCAUCUGGACAUCAAACAACAUGCUCUGUUUCAAGGUAAACAAAUUGUAUUUUAGUGUAAUAAGUGGGACAUAUCAACUGAUAUUAAACAGCCACUGUAUUUUAUACAUUUUUGGAUGGCCAAAAAACAUUUUUAGUUUGUACAAUCCCUGCCACUGCCAUUGCCUUGAAUAAAUGCUUGCAUCUACUGUCAGUCUGCCUCCUUAUUUCCUGUAUUAUCAGAUUGGAUCAGUUACACAUGUUAAUAUAUAUACUUAAUAGAAAUAUUUAUUUAAAUUCUCUUUUUUCAGAUGUCUCUCCAUUGUCAUUUUAUUGUUAACAUCAGUUGCAUCUGUAUUAUUAUACACUAUUCUGUCAAUCACCAUGUAACUCAUUGUAGCUAUGCAAAUAAAUAAUAUUGUGAAUUUACAAUCUUG